AUGGAUCAAUUUGACAUUCCACAAAAGUCUCCAAACAAGGAAAGUGAAAGUCUUAACAAAGAAACAGUUUUCUUACAUGGUGACUUAGAUCUAUUAAUCAUAGAAGCUAAAUCUCUUCCAAAUCUUGAUUUAUCAACUGAAGCAAUUAGAAGAUGUAUUACUAUGGGAAACAGUUGCACACCGCCUUUUGUAAAAGGACUCAAAACACACUCAGGAAAAGAUAAGAUCAUAACAAGUGAUCCUUAUGUAUCGGUUUGUCUAUCUGGUGCAACCAUAGCACAAACUCGAGUAAUUCCAAAUUGUGAAAACCCUUUAUGGGAUGAACAUUUUGUUGUUCCUGUUGCUCAUCCUGUUCAAAAAGUUGAGUUUUCAGUAAAAGAUAAUGACAUUCUUGGUGCGGAACUCAUUGGUACCGUGGACAUACCUGUUCAAAAGAUACUAUCUGGUGAGACUCUUAAUGAUUGGUUUCCGAUUAUAGGUCAAUAUGGAAAUUGUUUAAAGCCUUAUCCUGAGUUGCAUAUUUCUAUUCAAUUUAAGGCAAUUGAUACGAUUAAACAGGAUUAUGGAAGUGUAAAUUUAGGUGUUCCUGGUACAUAUUUUCCGCUUAGGAAAGGAGGGAAUGUUACUCUUUAUCAAGAUGCACAUGUACCAGACGGUAUGUUACCUGAUAUUGAACUUGAAGAUGGAAAAAUGUAUCAACAUAGUAAAUGUUGGGAGGAUAUUUGUCACGCGAUUUUGGAAGCUCAUCAUUUGAUAUAUAUUAUCGGAUGGUCGGUUUUUCACCCUGUGAAGCUUGUUCGAGAACCGACAAAACCAUUGCCUUCUGGCGGAGAGCUUACACUUGGAGAGCUUUUGAAAUACAAGUCACAAGAAGGGUUAAGAGUUGUUAUGCUUAUUUGGGAUGAUAGAACUUCACAUGACAAGUUUCUUUUGAAAACAGAUGGUGUGAUGCAGACUCAUGAUGAAGAAACUAAAAAGUUUUUUAAACACUCCACUGUUCAUUGUGUGUUAUCUCCGCGCUAUGCAAGCAAUAAACUCAGUAUUUUCAAGCAACAGGUGGUAGGAACACUCUUUACGCAUCACCAGAAAUGUGUGCUUCUAGACACUCAAGGUUCUGGGAAUAAUCGAAAAAUAACAGCUUUUAUCGGUGGUCUUGAUCUGUGUGAUGGAAGAUAUGAUACUCCUGAGCAUAGACUUUUUCGUGAUAUUGAUUCGGUCUUUCAUAAUGAUUUUCAUAAUCCUACAUUUCAAUUAAAUUCUAAUUCUUAUGCACCAAGACAACCAUGGCAUGACUUACAUUGCAAAAUUGAAGGUCCAGCUGCAUAUGAUAUAUUAACCAAUUUUGAACAAAGAUCACGGAAGGCUAAAAAGUGGCGCGAUUUCAGGCUUAGAAAGGUGACAAAUUGGCAUGAUGAUGCUUUACUAAGGCUAGAUCGUAUUUCAUGGAUUGUCAAACCAAAUUCUGGUCCUGAAGGCGAUAAAUCUGUUCGUGUAACCGAAGACUCCGAUCCUGAGAAUUGGCAUGUACAGAUAUUUCGGUCCAUAGAUUCAGGAUCUGUGAAGGGAUUUCCAAAGGAUUUCGACAAAGCAAAAGCUCAGAAUCUUUUAUGUGGAAAAAAUUUAAAAGUUGAUCAAAGCAUCCAUGCUGCUUAUGUAAAAGCGAUAAGAUCCGCGGAGCGCUUCAUUUAUAUUGAGAAUCAGUAUUUUCUUGGCUCCUCAUAUCAUUGGCCUUCAUAUAAAAAUGCAGGUGCAAAUCACUUGAUUCCGAUGGAGUUGGCUUUAAAAAUUGCGAACAAGAUAAGCAAGAAUGAACGCUUUUCUGUCUAUAUAGUUAUACCAAUGUGGCCAGAAGGAGUUCCAACUAGUGCCGCUGUUCAAGAAAUUUUGUUCUGGCAAGGACAAACAAUGUCUAUGAUGUACAAGAUUAUUGCAGAUGCACUUGCAAAAGCAGGUCUCUCUGAAUGUUAUCAUCCACAAGAUUAUCUCAAUUUUUACUGCCUUGGCAAAAGAGAACCUCAAGCGAACGAAAGUGCGUCACCAAUAAAUCAAUCAUCUGAAAACCGCGCCUUGGUAUCAGUUAAAAAAUACAGGCGUUUUAUGAUUUAUGUUCAUGCCAAAGGAAUGAUAGUUGAUGAUGGAUAUGUAAUCAUUGGAUCAGCAAAUAUUAAUCAGAGAUCAUUAGAUGGAUCAAGAGACACAGAAAUAGCCAUGGGGGCUUAUCAACCAAAACAUACAUUGCAACAAAAGAACACUCUUCCACGCGGCCAGGUGUAUGGAUACCGAAUGUCACUUUGGGCUGAGCACCUUGGUGGUAUUGAUGACACUAUUACUAAACCUCACACACUUGAAUGUAUUAGACAUGUUAAUAGAAUGGCUAGGAAAAAUUGGAGCAUAUAUGUAUCCGAGGAAGGGCAAGAAAUGAUGGGAAGCUUGAUGCUAUAUCCAGUUCAUAUUAGCAGAAAUGGAAAAGUUAGUUCACUACAAGGUCAUGAGUCUUUUCCUGAUGUUGGUGGCAAAAUUCUUGGAGCACAUAAUUCACUUCCAGAUGCAUUAACCACAUGA